AUGGUUGUUCACAGGGAAUAUGAGACAGAUGCCACAAUGACAUCUAGAUUUGGAAAAACAUACAGCCGAAGAGGAGGCGAUGGGACCUCGAAGUUUGACGAGGUGUUGUCCAAUAAAAGAGCCACGCUCAGCACCAAAUGGGGCGAGACGACUUACAAAGCCAAGGUGGGAGCAAAGAGGCCCGGUUUGAAGACCGAGGUCACAGAUCAGACCAAGAGGACCAAGGUCUUGGAUGGUGAUGGAUCAGAGGAUCCGUUCGGAUUCGACAGUGACGACGAAUCCAGGCCGGUCACGUCUCGUAAUGUAGCCCAGCCUAAAUCCAAAAUGACGUCGACAGGGGGAUCCCAGGCCAGCCUAACGCUGGAGCCCAACAGCAGGGUGAACCAGCCUGCCAGCAUAGAGGCCGUGGCCCCCAGCAGGGCCCCUUUCGUUCUCAGCACUGAGAGAAGUGCUCCCAAAGUGCCAGAGGAUCCUGGGAAUUUUUUUAACACCUCUACUGCAGGAAAAACCCAGAGUUGGUCCAUCGAGAGCACAGACCGCCACAGCUACUCAUGGUACAAAAACCCUUCUGAAAGCGACACGAUACCUCUUGCCCAGACUACCACGUUAAAGUCUGAAAAAACAGAGGACAAGGAUUCUUACGAUGCCUGGAGCGCUGCGGUUGGUCUGGGAGCACGCUCCACAUCCCUCUUUACUGAACCUAAAGACCCUCCGUCUACCUUGUGGGCAUCCAGUAGUUACAGUCACAGCAACAUUCAGGGCAAAACCUCCACUGAGACUCGGUUAGACAAGUUUGCUCAAGGGAACUUAAAUUUUCCUGUUGAGCCAUCUGAAAGUGAGGACCACUCUCAGUCUGUGCUCAGGGCGUCCAGCUGCAGAACGUACUGCAGACCCAGUAAAGGCAAACAGCCUGGUGGAGCUGAUGGGAGUGGAAGCGCUUCCAGUCAUAGCUCCAUGGGGGUGUUGGAGAACACCGGGGCCGAAAAUGCUGGGAAAACUAUAAACAGAGGUCGUACGAGAGACUUUACAGUGCUACACCCUUCUUGUGUUUCCAUGUUUAACGUCACCUUCCAGGACUCUAUGGACCGUAGUAUGGAGGAGUACACAGCCAGCGCCCCAGCUGCUGGACCAGGAGAUACUGGAAGACUGAGGAAGAAAAUGGAGGCAGAAAGCAAACCUUUCAGUCGAUCCAGACCCACACAGAACAAAAUGAAGAGCAGUAAGCUGGAGCUCUUUGGGUUUGAUGACACUGAUGCUGUGGCUGAGGAUGACGACUCUGCUUCAGGAAGCUCUAACUACAGGAUCAAAUACUUCGGCUUUGAUGACCUGAGUGGGAGUGACGGUGGUAAUGCAGUUAUGUUGCUCACCCCCGCUGGCAGCUCAGCCAUUAUUACCAAUGUUCCUGCGGCUGCUCUAUGUGCACACAGGCUUCUCUGGGGUUAUGAUUGA